AUGCACCUCUUACUCAUCACCAUCCUCUCCCCCUGGAUAAUGUCUCAAGUGUGCGCGAGAAAAUUCGUGUGUCCGGAGAAAGAUAUCAUCGAAACACAAUGCCGGGGCCCUAAAGACUGUCUUUACCACAAUUCUCCCGAGUGCAACACUUUUAUCCAUUGCACAGUCAAUUCCGAUGGAAAAACUGGAAAACCCACUGUUCACCCUUGUCCUGCCGGGCUGAAGUGGAAUGAUAGAAGCAAACAAUGCGACAUGCCUGCGAACUCCACGUGUGGUGAAGAGACAGAGGACGAUGCGGUCACCGAGUCCCAACCUCCGUCAAACGGCACUUUGGAUGACGAUUUCGACUGCAUUGAGGCUGAGGAGGACUUUGGUUGUGAAGGAAGCACGAGCAUCGGCAUUGACUGCGUUUUCGUCGAUCCUACGACCAAUAAGUCAUACAUUCAAUGUAUCGACCAAGUUGCAUAUACCGUUCCGUGCGAAUCAGGAACUACCUACAGUGAUACUAUUAAGGUUUGCGAAUAA